AUGCGCCCCCAGGUCCUCGCCUCGGCCCUCCUCUCCGCCGCUCGCGCACAGAGCAUCUCGGCCUGUCCAACCACACGAACAACAACCGCCGCAGCUCUCAGGACAACCUUUGCCACUUGCCCGAUCACUACUUCGAGGCUAUUUAGCACCAGCCCGCCGCACAGCUCACUCGUCCGCCCGCAGGCCGAGACGACGACCAGCAAGCAGGAAAUCCCCAUCCCGACGCCCUCAGCCCCCGCCACCAUGUCGACGCCCAUCUCAGCCAACUCGGUGCUGGAGCUGAUCAAAGCCCGCCGGUCCUACUACCAGCUGACCAAGGACCUGCCCAUCCCAGCGUCGCGCGUCGACGAGAUCGUCAAGGAGGCGCUCCUGCACGUCCCGUCGUCGUUCAACUCGCAGUCGAACCGCAUCGUCGUACUAUACGGCGCGGACCACGACAAGCUAUGGGACAUCACGUCCGAAAUCCUGAAACCCUACGUCACCGACGAGGCCGCCUGGGCCAGCACGGAGAAGCGCAUGGCCGGGUUCCGCGGCGGCGCCGGCACGGUCUUGUUCUUCGACGACCAGGAGACCGUCUUCGAGUAUCAGAAGAACGUCCCGCUGUACAAGGACAAGUUCCCGGCCUGGGCCACGCAGUCGGAUGCCAUGCUGCAGUUUGCGUGCUGGACGGCGCUCGAGGCCGAGGGGCUUGGGGCGAAUCUUCAGCAUUACAACCCUUUGAUUGAUGAGCGCGUUGCUAAGGAGUGGGGUGUCCCGACUACUUGGCAGCUUAAUGCACAGCUCGUCUUCGGCGGCCGCGCUGGCGAGCCUGGGCCUAAGACUUUCAAGCCUGUUGAGGAGCGCUUUAAGUCCUUCGGUGCUUAG